AGGUCGUAUGUUGAACAAAUGGAGCAAUUCUUUACCAGCUCAUCUUAUGCUUCCCAUGAUGAUAAUGCGCGAAAAUAUGCAAAAAUCCAUGACAAAUUCCGAUUUAACUUUAAGCCCAAUUGCCAGUCCUAGCAAGAAAAACUCUUUGACUCCCGAAGCAGGUUUUAGCUGCCCGGAUUGCGAUAGAGUUUACAAAUUGAAGAGCUCCUUGCGCAACCAUCGUAAAUGGGAGUGCGGAAAAAGAGCCUCGAUUCGAGUGCCAACAUUGUUCCUACAAGGCCAAGCAAAAGAUGCAUCUGUCACGUCACAUGGAUCGAAUGCACAAAGAUAUCGAUUAUUCCGAUUUAAAUAAAUUGGAUGAGAAUAAGGAAAAAGCUAACGCUGGAAGUAACGAAGUUAAUUAGCAUUAUAUUUAAAGACAACUACAUACAGGGUGAUUUAUACCAGGAGGC